CAAGAGGUGAUUAAUCCUUGAGUUAAUGUUAUUAAUUUAAUUUCUUUUAAAGGCACACAUUGGUGGAAACUAUAAAAGGGACUCUUCAUUUUAGCAUCUUAGGAGAAAGGGUGUGAAGUUGAGAAAAAAUGGGUAAAGAGUUAAGCGACGAACAAGUUGCAGCGAUGAAAGAAGCUUUCACGUUGUUCGAUACAAACCGUAACGGUCUGAUCGCUCCAUCGGAGCUCGGUGUGUUGAUGCGAUCUUUGGGCGGAAACCCAACCCAGGCCCAAUUAAAGGCCAUUGUGGCCGAAGAAAAGCUCACGAAUCCCUUUGAUUUCACACAGUUUUUGGAUCUGAUGGCAAAACAUUUGAAGGUUGAGCCUUUUGAUCGUCAGCUACGUGAUGCCUUCAAGGUCAUCGACAAGGAGAACACUGGCCUCGUCUCUGUCGCUGAGCUUCGUCACAUUCUCACCAGCAUUGGCGAGAAACUCGAACCUUCUGAGUUUGACGAAUGGAUCAAUGAGGCUAACGUCGUCUCUGAUGGCAAGAUCCGCUACGAAGAUUUCAUCACCAAAAUGGUCGCUAAGUGAGAUCAAAUUCCCAAUUUUUCUUUUAUUUCAUUUUCACUUUAAUUCAAAUUCAUCGUCGUUUUUUUUCAUUCAUUGAAGGAAUCAUUAAUUCAGCUAUGUUAGAAUUUUUUUUUUCUGAGUCAAAUAUAUUGCGCUCCUGUUGUUGUUGUUUGAGUAUGGAAAACAAAAUAUGCUUUAUCAAAACCGCGAGUAUCACCGUGCACUAUCACCGCUCUCGUACAAUUAUCAUGGCAUCAUAAUCCUCUUCAUCUUCCAUUCAUCCAACCUGCACAAAAUAAUUAAAACCAGAGAACCACCAUUCAUAACAAUCCUUAACCCCCCAUUGAUUAACAUCCGAGAUGAUCCCCAUUGAUAGAACCAUCAUCUCCAACCUGCACUCCUGCACUCAGAAAAUCAAGUAGACGCACUUC